AUGUCAACCAGAACGUAUGACAAGUUGCAUGCUGAGAUAUGUGAAGCUUGGAAGCAGAAGAGCGUAGAAACGAUGAAAAAUGCAGCAGAUGAAGAAAGGGCGCUCGCAAUGACUGAUGGACAAGUGGAUGCAAAUGGAGUUCCGCUAAUAACUGUGGUAGCUGAUGGAAGUUGGGCAAAAAGAUCCUACCAUUCUAAUUACAGCUCCCUGUCUGGUGCCGCUGCCAUAAUCGGCUACAAAACAAAACUCUUUCUAGGAGUAAGAAAUAAGUAUUGCACCAUUUGCAAGAUAGCUGAGAGGGCCAAUAUGUCUCUAACUAAGCCACACAAAUGUUUUAAAAAUUGGACUGGUUCAUCAAGCAGUAUGGAGGCCGACAUAACUGCGGAAGGCUUUUCUAAGAGCUUGGCCAAAUAUAUGAUAAGUUGA